UAUCUUUCAUGCUGGCCCGGGAUAGAUACAGAAUCUUGGAAACAGCCAGGGGAAUUUCCAGCCCUCCUUUAUAAGAACAGCCCAUCUUCACCACCAGAGCACAUGUCUUCCAAAUUGACCCCACCACCAAGAAGAACUGGGUCCCUGCAAGCAAGCAAGCUGUAACUGUUUCCUACUUCUAUGACAGCACAAGGAACAGCUAUCGAAUAAUCAGUGUGGAUGGAACCAAGGUGAUUAUAAACAGCACCAUCACACCUAACAUGACUUUCACGAAAACUUCCCAAAAGUUUGGCCAGUGGGCUGAUAGCAGAGCCAACACCGUGUUUGGCCUGGGUUUUUCUUCAGAGCAACAGCUGACAAAGUUUGCUGAGAAGUUUCAGGAGGUGAAAGAAGCUGCUUGUCUGGCCCGAGACCGGUCGCAAGAAAAAAUGGAAACUUCCAGUAACCAUUCCCAAGAAUCAGGGCGUGAAACUCCGUGUUCUACCCGAGCAUCCAGUGUGAAUGGAACAGACGAUGAAAAAGCAUCACACGGUGGUUCUGCAGAUGCACAGCUAAAAAUGGAAAAUGACAAACUUAAGAUUGCCCUUGCCCAGAGUACCUCUAAUGUAAAGAAAUGGGAAUCAGAACUGCAAACGCUUAGGGAGAGCAACGCAAGGCUCACAUCUGCUCUGCAAGAAUCCGCGGCUAGCAUAGAACAUUGGAAAAAGCAAUUUUCCAUUUGCAAAGACGAAAAUGAUCAACUUCGGAGCAAGAUUGAGGAACUGGAAGAGCAGUGCAAUGCAAUCGAUAAGGAGAGGGAUCGAAACGCACAGCUUAGCAGGCGCCUUCAGGAGCUGGAAACCGAACUUCAGGAUAAAGAGUUGGAAUUGGAGGAUCUUCGGAAACAGGGUGAAAUUAUACCUCAGCUCAUGACAGAAUGUGAAACUGUUUCUCAGAAAUUGCAGGCUGCUGAGAAAAGGAAUAAAGACCUUGAAGAGAAAGUCAGAGCUCUAAGGACGGAGGUGGAAGAGAGCAAACACAGGCAGAACAACUUGAAGACAGAGUUGCAGACUUUUUUAGAUGUACUAGAUGGAAAAAUUGACGAAUUGCAAGAUUUUCGGCAAGGACUCUCGAAACUGGGUGUCGACAAUUAGGGAACAGCAGCUUUCUCCCAUCCCCAAAUAAUAUUUGGUGUGUACGUGUGUGUAUGUGUCCGAAACCAAGGUAUAUGUUUCUACAAAAAGUGAAAAGAUGGAUGUUCUUCCUUGCAAUGUGAUUUGUACAUAGAGGCUAAAGAUUUUAAUUUUUUUUUCACUUCUUUUUUUUUUUCGUUCCAAAAAUUUCUCCUUGCUUCUUCCUUCCUUUCUUUAAGAAAGAGAUGACAGUUUUUAAAAUCGUACUGCUGUAGCCCUUUGUGGGUUUGUGAACAGGCAGGGGAGGUCUCUUGUCUCAGGAGGCCUGUACCUCAACCUACCUUAACACAGGAGGUCCAGUGACAGGAGGUGAUGCAGGGAAACUGAUUUUAAGGCCUGCUGCAACUGUAGCAGGGAGACAUUUCCCCAAAUGCUCAGCUGCUGCAGAUGUAUGCCUCAUUCUGUAGUGCAGACAGAACAGAGUUCUUGGCAGUAGCCAUGGUGUAGCUACUGUAGUAGAUCUUCCUAGCCUUAAGGAACAAAUUGGAAAAGCCACAUUCAAAAAUGUCCAUAUUGCACACUCUCUCUCUUUCUUCUUCUUGAAAUACCUGUGAGGCCUUUUUCUAGAGGAUUUGCCAUGUUCAAUAAUGUGCACUUAAAACCCAUUUUUUUUAGAUUGCAACGUAUGAAGUGAAGGUUUCCCCUGUCACUUUCGGCAGAAUGAAUGUGCACUUUAUGACACCCUUGGUGGGUUUUUCUGGAAGUGUAGAUGAUAUAUCAGCUAUUACAGUAUAGAGAAAUUGGACUUUUUUUAACUCAUCCCCAAACUGAUGGUGGUGAGGUCAACAGAUGCCCUUCAGGAAUGGCCCAGUAGCCACCGUCUAUCACAAGAGGUUGGAGGGGAAUUUUUGUAUUCAGGAUAAAUGCAUUUAUUUUAAAACACAUUUAUGACCUGCCCGGCUUGUAACAAGUGUGUUUACACAUAAUGAUCUAAAACUAUAAUAAACAUCACAGUGACAAAUUGAUAGAAGCCAGACAAAAUAAGGUGGAAAACUGAGCACAAGAUAGUUCAAAUGGUUCAAGUGCUACCAUAAUUCUGGAUGGGGCUUUUUUGAAAAACAAAAACAAAAAACAAGUUAUUGGGUUUUAUUUGGUGGCCUUGUGGUAUGUGAAGAUGCAAGACUUGAACAUUUGCAGGUAUAAUAGUAUAAGCAUGCAGGAUUUGAUGGCUACAAUGAAUAUUGAGUGAAGAGUAAACUGGCUCUAUUUGGAUUCUAGAGCUACGUUUCAUCCAGGCAUCCUUAAAACCUAGUCCUACUAUUAGCAAAAUCAGACAGUAUCCUUGGAAUUAAGCAUAAAUCUGUAUUAUCCUAGAUGACCAUCUAAGAAAGGAAGUCCAAAGGAAGGAUACCAGCCUAUCUUGAAGCUUCUGGCUGUGUUUGCAAACCCUGCUCCAUAAAUCCAAAUGAGUGGGGGCUGAUUGUGCUCAUAGUGGAGUGGGGAAAAAAAAGCUUUCUUCAUCUGCUCAGAAAUGCUCUUCAUCUUACAAAAAGGGUUGAAGAAAAGGGUAGAAUCCAGUCUCAAACUAAGAACUACGCAAAGAUUCCUGCGCUACUGAGGGAGAUUUGUGAGAAGUACUUCCCUGUUUUUGGUAGUAUAAAUGGAUUGACAGUCAUGAACAAUAAAGUCCAUACUUCAUACUGUCAAAUCUAUGAACUUAGCUCUUGCGUGCUUUAUACAGAAAUUAGAGGGUCCCCGAAUAUGCUCGGUCUCCUAGGUGAGCCAAAUCUCCUUCAAUUUUAUGGCUUGCGCCCUAUGCGCCUAACUGCUUAUUAAAGUUGCAGUUAAGUCCCAGUAGGCUCAUUUUGCACAUAUAUGCAUGCAUAUGAUUCCAUAAGUCGGGAUGCUUCCAUUGUUCUGAAUAUGAUGUUUAUACAUCUUCAUUUUUUUAAAAAGUGGAGGGUUGACAACCCAACCAUGUUCUCUUUAAGCUGCAAGUCGGCUGUGAUGGUCCCGUUUCCUCAUUUUCCAAUAUGCAAAAAAGAAAAAAGGGAAGAGGAGGGAGGGAGGGAGGAAAGGAGAGAAAGAAAGAAAGAAAGAAAGAAAGAAAGAAAGAAAGAAAGAAAGAAAGAAAGAAAGAAAGAAAGAAAGACCUGUCUCUUUAAAAUAUGAGCUUCCAUUCUUGCUAGAAGAACCAGUUCUGCAGAAGUCACGACUCCUUUGUUGCAAAAGCUUGUGAUGGGUUCCUAGUGAUCAAAAUGCUUCCAUUCUUCCUUUUUCCAAAACAGCUACUUUUGCUCUGCAAUGCCCUGGGGGACUGGGUGGCUGAUGAUGGAGCUGCUUAAAACCAAGUUUGGGUUUCAGAAAGAAGCUUGGCUGGCAAAAUGGCCAAAGCAAAGCCUUCUGCUCCACUACAAUACUCAGCAACCCUUGCCACUCAUCAUACAGGCUGGGGCUGAUUGGAGCUGUAGUUAGCAAUAUACAGAAGGUCCAAGGUUACCCAUCAGUGUUCUUCAAAUAUGUUGAUUGGGGGUGGGUACACAUUUCAAGUAGGCUUGCUUACUUAUCUUUGUCAACAGGAAGCCUAGCUUUAUGAAACUGAGAUGAGGGAACUGUAAGUAACAUAAAUCAGGGCACAUGAGAGGUCCUUCAUCCCAUUUGCCCCAUGAAUGGGCUGGUCCUCUUGGCUUUCUGUUUCAUGUCAGCAGCUGAAGUAUCAAAGCAGUGAAUUGCAAGUAGCAAUCUCCUUGGCAUUUUAAAACUAAAAGCCAGAAGGUUAUGCCAACCAACCUCUGCCAUAAUUAACAUCAAGGCUGCCUUACUGUUUCAGUUUUCUAAAGAUCAUUUUAAAGGCUCUGUUUUCAGCCCUUCUGUAGCCUGUGUGUGCUCUGUUGUCUGGCAAAAUGCAACAUUUAACAUUUGUUCUUUGUGUAGGCCCAGCUGGCCAAAGAAACUGCCUGCAGGCUAUUCUGACUGAUAAGUUGGCUCCCCUUCCUUCACAAAGUCUAGAUCUGUCCUAAUAGUCACUAGAACAUUCCAACAUGGCAGUUGCUAAUCUUGUUCUCUGCACAGAGUAACUGUAUAGUAUAGCAGCUGUGCCCAGCUAGAGUAAGAAAUGUAUGUUUGUUGAUAGAACACAUGUUUUGAGCAUUUAACAUUUAAGAUUCAAUUCCUUGCUUCUUUCCUUAAAAAAAAAAAAAAUUAUAAAUGAUAGGAAGAACCAUAUUUUGCCCUUUGGAGGGGAGACCUUCCCAACCUGGUCUUCUUGCAACUGCAUGAUCUCCAAGUUCAUCAACAGAGCAAUUCCGUCUUCCAAGUGCUUCCCCUUGGCCUCAGGAGCUUCUCGUAUGCAGAGAAUUUCUCCAACAAGAGACCUCUCUCCACUUGAAGAGAACACUAAUAGGUGAACCUGCUUGAAAAGUCUAUUGAUGUGGCAAAUGGGCAGGCUCUGCGGUGGCCUUGGGGGCCCAUCAACUGAUGAAAAAAUGAUAGCUGAGGAUGGUGUCUUGGUUCGUGCCCUCUUUGGGAAAUAACAUAUCGCCCUUUGGUCUUCCUACUAGGGUUUUAUUUUUGCUUCUUACCCAUUCGCUUUUCCUUGGAACGAUUCCCAGCUCUUCUUGAAACAACCUGUAUUGAAAGCACUUUUGUGGAGGUGUUUGAAACCCAUGUAGGCUUUUUUUUUUUUUGCUUUGAAAAUGUCAGCUAGGCAUGUUCCUUUGAAAGCAAUUAUAAAUAAGGUUCAGGUGAAGCUAAAGAAAGUUUUUUAAAAAUUGUUUCUUUUUAAAAACUUUCCCAUCAAUUGUCUCAGCCAUUGUAGGCUUUCUAUCGGGACUAGGUAUCUGGACUUACAAUGGAAUCAUAGGAUCUUUCUUUAUGAGGCUGGUGUUUGUCACAGUUGUUUGCUAUAUGGGCUUGCAAUCUUGGACAGAUUAUUUAUAAGGUUGGCUUAAAUAUUUAUGAUAUAUUCAGUAGUAAUAAGAAUCCUGGGUGAGAAAUGGUACAAUAAGGCAUCUGAUAGAGAGCAUUAGGAACACGCAGCUAAUAAUAGUCACGCUGUGGAGGGAAAGAUAGCAUCCAAGCUGCUGAUUUAAAUAUCUUCAGAGAUCACAGAAUAAUUUUCUACUUUGACAUUUUCUUGUGAUCAAACUAGGCUGGUGAGAAAGCAGCUUUCAAAAACAACAAGGUGCCUAAUAACUCCAAAAUGUUUAUAUGUAUAUUUGCAUUUUCUUUUCUUUUUUUUCUUAUUCCCUAGAUUGUUGCUUGCUUUGGUAAUGUAGAACCUCCCCUUGUUUUAAGGAGGCUGAGCCAGACUUUCUGCACCAGCAGAGAAAUCAAAGGAGCACAGAUUCUUAGAAAUAUGCAUCCGUGGAGUAAUAGAUGAUCUGUAUUCCCUUUAGCUUGACUAAGCCAAACAGUAUACUGGACUAGGGCCUAAAGCAAGUCUCAUACUUAAACUGUUGGGCUAAUUCUAUGAUUUAGGCCCUUGAGUGGAUUAAUUAUCUUAUUUUCUAAUACUGGUUAGCAAUAAUUUUAUUUAGCCAUAUUCUAACCAAGAAGAUAGGAUUGUCAGAAAAAAGAAGACUCAAGUUGAUUUCUCAAUCCUGCACAAUUGUCUUGAAAAAGCUUUGUGUAUGACAGAGCAGGCAGUCCCAAUCCUGGGGGGUGGGGGGGGGACACAACACUUUAAUCCUUUUGAAUAUUUUGAAAUUGUAUUUUCAUAUACAUCACAUCAACUUAAGAAAGUACUAUAUUCCUGCCUGCUAACUUACAAAUAUGGGAAUAUUUUAAAAUGACCCCAAAUGUUUAAAAGUUAUUAUACAACUUUAGUAAUCAGUUUGCAACAUGCUUUACUUUUUAUUGUUCAGAAUAGAGUUUAGUAAAUGGCAAAUUAACCAAUUAUAAGGGGAAAUACUACAAUGAGUGAAGUGUAUUUUUAUCCAGAUAUAUAAAAUAUGGUUAAUCAACCUGGAGAAAUUAUUUCAGGUUCAUUGGAGUGAAAUUGUCUUACCUUGUUUGCUGUGAGCGAGUAUUUUUUUUUCCUCUUCCAUGUGAAUUAAUUUUGAGCAAAAACUGAUCUCUGAAUUUCCUAUGGUAGCAGUAAAUCCUGGGGUUUUAUAUAUUUGAAAAACCAACAAUUAAGAAAAAAAUUACCUUUUGUGAUUUUUAUCUGAUUUUAUUGUAUUAUAGAGUUGUUUAUGUAAAUAUAUAUCUAUAUAGUUUAAGUUAAAAAAACAAAAUUCGUGUAUUUAUUCUCUCCUGGCUUAAUCACCGUUUAGUUUCCUGAAUUACAUGUUCUUGCUUUAACACAA